AUGACGACCACAGAGAUGACCCGCGAGCAGCAGGAGGAGUACCAGAAACAGCUGGUGGAGGAGAAGGGCGAGCGGGACGCUGAGUUCCUCGUCAAGAAAGCGGAGCGAGCAGCACUACGCUCCUGUCUGAGGGACAAGUACAGGCUGCCCAAGAGCGAGCGUGACGACAGCAUCCUGGAGCAGGCGGGGGACGAGGUGGACGUCCCGGAGGAGCUGCUGUCCAUGGUGGAGGGCGAGGGAGGGGAGGAGGAGCAGAGCGCCUCCCUGCUGGGUCACAUGAGCACUCUGCAGAACAUGGACAUGGACCAGAUGAAGGAGAAGGCCUCGGCCACCGUCACAGGGCUGCGCUCCAAGGCCGAGGACAAGUGCCACGUCAUGUGA